UUUCAGUGUAACACGUCGACAUGAAGCCUGAAGGUGGAACCGCGCUGACCCGGGAAAACUGCGUGUACACCAGCUGUUACUGUGAAGAAAAUGUUUGGAAACUCUGUGAGUUUGUGAGAAAGGAGAGAACCGCACCACUGGAACAGCUGUUUGUGGUUUUCCUCUCGAAUGAGAACAGAAUGGUUCCUCUGUGGAAACAGAAGUCUGGACAGAGAAACCAGCCUGUGAUCUGGGACUACCACGUGAUCCUGCUGCAGGUGUGCGGUCCGUCAGACUCUCUGGUUUAUGAUCUGGACUCGGAGCUGUCGUUUCCCUGCAGCCUGAAACUGUACGCCGCCCAGGCCCUACGCUCAGACCGCAGCAUCAGACCUGAGUACCACAGGAAGUUGCGUGUUGUACCUGCUGACAGCUUCCUGUUGAACUUUGCUUCUGAUCGAUCCCACAUGAAGAAUUCUGAUGGAUCCUGGAAGAUGCCCCCCCCACCCUACUCCCCCAUACACACCCCAGAGAGUCAUAUGAACCUGGAUGACUUCAUCAGUAUGGACCCUGCCAUCGGCUGGGGGACGGUCUUCAGUCUGGACCACUUCCUGCAGAGCUACACAGAAAACCCUUCAUCAUCAUCAUCAGCUUCAUCACCUUAACUUUGGCAGCUGGUCUCAGAUGUCAGGCAGCAGACCCCCCAGGAGCUUAGCUUAGCGUAGCUUAGUUUUUAGGUGUUAGCGUGUAGUAUGUAGCACAUUUGGGAACUCUCCGGGACUGGGAGCGACGUAUCUGUAAAAGUUUCUCCUCGGUCUGACACAAGUUUGAGGUCCGGAGGAUCCUGAGUCCCUGAGACCUGAUCACCACGGUCAGCCGGCUGCUGCAGGGGACGAGCCUGUCGAGCCGGAAGCACAGUCAGCAGCUCCUCAGGUCUCAGCCUCAGAAUCGUUCAUCAGACCAACAGUUUCUUUCAUGAAGUCUGCGGCUGCAGUGAAUCCAUCCCUGGAUCCUCAUGUGAAACCAGUGAUGCAGAACCAUCACCGUCCCACACAUCCAGCCCAUCACCUGCCACCUGCUAACUGUGAGCGAACUUUAUUUUACAAACAUACAAGAACAAAAGAAAAUUAAAGCUGCAAGCAGCGAUGGGCGGGUCAGAGUCCUCGUGUGUCCUCUCCUUUCUGCUGCUCUUCUCCCCAGAGAAGCACAGCAGCAUACAGCAACAGAAAAGACAUGGCCCCCUCCCAGCAGGGGGCACUGUCAGUGCAUCACCAUAUGAGCAUAUAAAUGAAUUGAGAGUGUGAAGAUCAUGUCACAUGUAAUGUGGUUUAAUGGACAAUGUGUUAUUUGUAAAUGACUUUAGAUUUCAAUGGUUAUUUUCAGCCACGUUAAGAAUCUGUUUGGUUAAAUGUGUCCUGGUAUUUGUGGAUAUAUAUAUGAAAAAGUUUAUUGGACAUUUGUACUUUGAGUGAGUUGUGUUUAUGUGACUACAUGUGUGAUGUGGUUACAAGAAAGUUGCACGUUAAGAAAUGUCAUGAAGUUUGUCAGAGGAUAACUCACAGUCCGUGUUCAGGAUGAGAGACGUUGAUGAAGCAGGUUAAUGGAGACGUUUUUCUAAACAUUGACGUUUUUCUAAAUUGUAUUUGAACCAUACACAUUUCAUGAUUCAAUGUAGGGAGGCAGGACUUCAGUUAACUGGGACUGGUUGUUUGGUUCAGUGGUGUCUUCAGUGGUGAUUGAUGAAUGAUGUCUGUGCCACACCCCCUGGAUGAUUUGGUAAUAGUUAAAGCUUUGUAUAAUUUGUAGAGUGUGUUGGUUUUUGGUGAGAUGGGGUUUAUUUUGGCAGCACAGAUGUUGAUUUGCAUUGUACGAUGAAUUAUCUGUGCAGAUAAAAUGUAAUUUGGUUUGAUGGACAGUGUGUUAUAUGUGAAUCCGAGUGUGUGGAUGGAGGCUGAGAAUGUUUUAGUGAUUAAAAGCAGUUUUCCAAUGGUUGUGGCUUGUUGAUGUACACAGGUAUUAAAACACGUUUAAACAGUUCUAGCUUUGGUGUAGUUGAGAUAUGAAGCAGAACAGAUAUGUUAAAGUCUCUUUUUUACCAGUUUUUCUGAACAUAUAUUUUUAU